AUGACAAAAGCUUAAAAAUAGAACACCAAUUUUGGAGGAUUAGUUUUUUUAGGAGUUAUUGUUAUUUCUAUCUCAUACUUUUGCUACCUUUGUGUUCUUUACUUUGGAAAUCACCUGUAGACAUCUAUAUCUUCUACAUAACAAUACUUUUCAGAAGAAUUCUAAAUGUAGUUUGAAAGAAAUUUAAUUGCCUUUAAGAUAGUUUUAGAAAAUGGAAUGCUUAUUUAAGACUUUGAAAAAAAUAGACAAAAGUCAUAUAUAACUAUUCUUCCUGUUUUUUCUACAAAAGACAAAACAGGAAAAAAGGUUGAUAAAAAUUUAAAAUUCAUAUAAUGUGAAGAUCGCUUAUUAUUUUUACUUGAAAGAAAAUGGCAGAAGUGA